AUGUUUCAAGAGCAGAUCGACGAAGAGGAGCGCCUUGAACGAGUAAUUAGAGAUGCCAAGUUGGAGCUCAACAGAGCGAAGGAAAGACACCGUAUUCAGUUGUGUCGCGCUCGGCUGUCUCGGGCGCCGAGCGACGGCGACUCGUCUGUGACGUCUGUAGCGUCCGCCCGCGAACACGACGCGGAUCACGACUUCAUACAGACCAAUACCGAACGACAUGACAGUUUACCGAUACCAGGACCUGAGCUAGGCCCGCCACCGACGCGACUGUACCUGCAAGAAGCAGUGAAGCUGGACUUCACCACGUUUGAUGGGAAGUACGAAGAGUUCCCGUUCUUCGAAGCACAGGCGAAGGAGGCGCUACAGCUUCACUAUUCUGAGACACAGAUCCUGCGACAUCUAAAAGAGAGGUUAAAAGGAGACGCCUUCCACAUAGUUCACGGAGCUCUGCUUACUGGUGGCUCCUUUGAUGACGUAUGGACGAUCCUGAAGGAGCGUUUCGGAGAUCCUCAAAUCAUUGUUAACCAAACGGUGAGGAAGCUCUUGGACAGUCCACCAGUGAGGGAAGGUGAUGUCGAUGCACUAGAGCGGUUUUCGACCGAGAUAUCUAAUGCGAUAGCAAUCAUCAGACACGUGGGCCAGUCUAAUGAGCUGAACAACCUGCAGGUGAUUCAAGCCCUGACGAGCAAGCUGCCUCGGGACAGUCGAGCCGAAUGGGGAUCCUACGGCCGCAUUAAGACCGAGGGAGGCUUGCUGACCUGUGAUUUAUUCGCUGCCUUCCUGAAAGGACACAUCAAGGACCGGCGUUUCUGCAGCGGCGCUGGUUAUCAGCCGCUCGCCAGCAAGAGUCGAAGUCUGCCGAAUCAAAAACGGACAGAAACGGACAAGAACCGGAUGACGUCACGCCCUCGUCAGACGACAUGCACAAACACCGAACAGCUGAAAUGCUACUACUGCGAUAAGUCGCACUACAUUCAGCGUUGUCCAGAGUUCAAGGCCCUGGGAGUGGACGAGCGCCAUCGCUGGGUCACUGAACGACGUGGCUGUCUGCCAUGUCUGUCCAAGACACAUCCGACCGGUUCGUGCCACAGAAAACGAGCUUGUGGCAUUGACGGGUGCUGUGAGCUUCAUCACAGAAUGCUUCAUGGCGCAGCGUCAUCACCUGAGGUGAUUGGCGUCACUCAGGGUGCCGCGGCGUCCUGUGUCAUGAUGAAGACCUGCGUCAUCAAUAUAGUGACGCCUGAGGGAAGACGCCGGUGCCGAGCCUUCCUAGACGAAGGAAGCUCGGUGACGCUUAUGGACAGGUCACUGGCUGACGAGCUUCAGCUUUCAGGACCGGAAGGACUCAUGGACAUGAAGACGGUCACUGAGGUGAAAACAGUGGAGACGAUGACAGUCGACCUGCGCAUUGAAAAUCCCGAGAACGGCCAUAAAUUCAAACUGAAAACCGUCACAUGUGUCCGAGAUUUAGCCCUGUCACCUCCAGCUGUUAGCGACAAACGGCUGAAGACGCUGUACCCGGAACUUCAGGAGCUAAACCUACCGGAGCUCAACGAGGCCCCGAAGAUCCUGAUCGGUCUGGACCAGGCGGCACUGAUUGCCGCACGUGAGGUGCGCAGGACGAGCAGGAAGAACGGCCCGCUUCUGCAGCGAACACUCCUGGGAUGGACUGUGACAGGAAGGGUGGUCAUGAGACAUGACACCGUGAAACACCCACCAGAGGUGAACUUUCUCCACACAGAAGACAUGUGGAGUACGGAGCAGUUCGGCUGCAAGUACGACUUUGAAACGCCUUUCAGCCCAGAGGACAGAAAAGCGGACAACAUCCUGAACAGCGAGGUGUACCACGACGGCACGCGCUGGGUGGCCCCGCUGCUGCGGCGAGAUCGUGACGAGCCAUUCCCACCCAGCAGACAGAUGGCUCAGAAGAGAGCAAAGGCUUUUGAAAAACAGAUGGAAAAGUAA